AUGCUCCUUCCCCGGGCCCUCCUCUUCCGCUCUUCCACUACUAGUACUUUUGCUACGCCACCCACACGACUCCGACGAGAUCUCUCCCUCGACCUCUCCCUCGAGUCCGAGGCGCGCACGACGCUCAUCCUCGUCGGCAUCGCACUCGCAGCCGUCUUCCUCUGCUCCGCGCUCUUCUUCUGCCGGCACGUCUUCCUUGCGCUCUUUCGACGUGUUUUCCGCUUUGGGCCGAUUGGGAACAUGGCUACGGCAAAGAGUCAGGCUGAGAAUUGUGUUGAGCAGGCAGCUCCGAAGAAGGCUCGUUCGCCCCCUCCCCAGGAAAAGCCGCCCACCACCGCUACAGCCUAUCCCAACGGUACCACUCCUUCCAACAAUACCGCUACAGCUUACCCCACCAAUACCGCUCUUUCCAACAACUCUGUUAUGCCUUCCACAGCCUACUUUCCCUCUCCCGCACCCACCUCAUCUCCCGCACCCACCCCCUCUCGGGCAUACCCCCCAGCAAGGCCAGGCAGAACCUUCUUCACCCAAGGCCCCGCCCCCAUCCGCUCCGCGUCGAUCCCGCGCCGCCCAGCCGCCGUGUACGCCGGCACCGUCAACGGGCUGCACCACACGCACCCCGCACCGCUGGCGCUGCGCCCGGGGUACCCGCGUCAGUAUCAGGCGCCCCCUGUGCGCCCCCCGCGCCCGUAUGCCCACCAGUCGCCCUUUGGUCGGCAUCAUCACGCUCAUAACCCGUAUGCGCACCCCCAAGCAUACAACGUCCAACCCCAAGGCUACGCGAACUACGACUUCGGCCCGCAAGGCCACCAAGAUCCGCAAAUAGACCCAAAAAUCGCCGCCCUGAUGCACGCAGCCGACACCGUCGUCGGCGCCCACCCCAACGCGCGCCCGCUCUCUGCAAGGAUCGCGACGAGGGAGGAGAUAGAGCUCAUCUCGGGGCACGUCCAUAUUCCGUGGGCGUUCACUGGAAGUGCGGGUGGUGGGGGUGCUAGUGGGGGUGCUAGUGGGGGUAGAGGUGGGACUGGGGUGGGAAGGGAGGUGGGAAAGGAAGCGGGAAAGGCAAAGAGGCCCUCCCAGCCGCCAAUGGCUGUCAAGGUCCAACCUCCCCCUGCAGUGGUCGACCUUACCCCACACCCUCCGACGGGGCAGCAGCCUGCGCAUGGGCUUCAAGUCCCGGGGUUCCACCAACACAUCCCCGCAGCGGAGGCGCGUGCAGACGGCGAACCUACCACCACCACCGCCAACGCCAACGCCCGCGCAGGUCCAGGUCUGGCUUCGAGCGUGCUAAAGGAUUUGCGGAACACACGGCGGCGGGACGCCUCCUCCGCCUCCUCAGGCUCCGCGUCUGGGGCGUUCGAGUUCGGCGAGGGCAGGGGUAUAUCAGGCGUUGGACUGGGAGCUGGUAUGGGAGCGGGGAGGAAUGCGAAGCAGCACCGCGUGCGGGGUAAGGAGAACGUCCCGCCCAUCUUUGGGGUAGGAAAAAGUGGGCGGCGGAACCGGAUUUGA